GCAAGCAAAUAAAUUUGCAGUAGACAGUUAGUCAGCGUUCAAAUUCCCAAAAAAGCUGAAAACCACCAUGGCUGAAAGCUCUUGUAACAAUGGCGGAACCGAUCAGGUUCUGGUGGAGGAGAGAGCAAGUGUUAGAACAUUCAUAUUAAAUAGGCCUAAGCAGUUGAAUGCACUUUCUUUUGAAAUGAUAUCUCGGCUGUCAGAACUUUUCCAUGCCAGUGAAGGAGAUUCAAAUGUGAAGAUAAUAAUAUUGAAGGGAAAUGGAAGGUCUUUCUGUGCUGGUGGUGACGUUACAGCUGUUGUUCAUAAUGUUCGCCAGGGUAACUGGAAACUGGGUGCUGAUUAUUUCCGUGAAGAAUUCUCCCUUAACUAUUUGAUGGCAACAUAUAGUAAACCCCAGGUUUCUAUCCUUAAUGGAAUUGUCAUGGGAGGUGGACUAGGUGCUUCUGUACAUGGUAGAUUUCGAGUUGCAACAGAGAAAUCGGUUUGUGCCAUGCCUGAAACAGCUUUGGGACUCUUUCCAGAUGUAGGUGCCUCUUACUUCUAUUCGAGGCUUCCAGGAUUCUUCGGAGAAUAUGCUGGUCUUACUGGUGCUAGGUUGGAUGGUGCUGAAAUGCUUGCUUGUGGUCUAGCAACUCAUUUUGUACCCUCGGAGAGGUUGCCAUUUUUAGAACAAGCACUGGCUAAAGUCAAUACGAGUGAUCCAGAUGUUAUUUCUACCAUCAUUAGUCACUUCUCUGACACACCAAAGUUGAAAGCAGAAAGUCCUUAUCACAAGAUGAAGAUUAUUGAUCAUUGUUUCUCUCGAAGAACAAUCGAAGAAAUCAUAUCUUCUCUUGAAAAUGAGGCUUUGAACAAGAAGGAUGACUGGAUCUCUUCAACCAUCCAAUCAUUGAAGAAAGCAUCCCCAACAAGUCUUAAAAUUUCAUUGAGAUCAAUAAGAGAAGGGAGGCUGCAAGGUGUUGGUAGUUGCCUUAUUCGAGAGUAUAGGAUGGUUUGUCAUGUGUUGAGGGGAGAAUUUAGCAAGGACUUUUUCGAGGGAUGCAGAGCCAUACUCAUCGACAAGGAUAGAAAUCCUAAGUGGGAGCCCUCCAGACUGGAACUAAUUGGAGAUGAUGAUGUUGACCGUUACUUCUCCAAGAUAGACGAUGAAGAUUGGGAAGACCUAAAGCUGCCUCCAAGAUCAAACUUGCCUCCAUAUGCAAUUGCGAAGCUUUAAAAUUGACUUCUGAAGAUCUUGCAAUACUCUACAGCAUGUUGCCCUCUGUUCACCAGAUCAUUAUGAAGGGUCAAUAAUCAUUAUUAUAACUUAUCAUCUUUAUUGGUUAGUGGUACACCAAAUAAAUGCACAUCACUCCAUUGUAUGAAAUGUCAAAAAUCAAGCCUAAGGAAAGAUACAUUACUAUUACAAUACUUGCCAGAUGGUUGUGUAUACAGAUAUACACAUCAUCCCAUUGAAUUGAGAUGUCAAAACUCAAGCACAAAGGCUAGAUUGUACAAUACUAAAUAAUACCGUGCCAUUUAGUCUCUGUGUUCAGAGACAAUGUAUCGAUCUUAACUUGUUGCAAUGCAAGAGCUUGUGGAUUA